CUUUCUUUUGUUAUUCAUGAGCAAAGGAAACUUUGCGGCAGAGCUGAAACACUCCAGGAGCGCCAACACAAUCGAGUUGGAUAACUUCGAUGUUUCCUGGAUGGAGCUGUGAGUCUCCCGUCAACGCAUUGAGCAGAGAUCUGGAGCGUUUUAGACGAGCUGGCAGCUGCUUGUUGUGAAGUGUGGAGCGCUGAACAUGCCCUAAGAAGAGUCAAUGAUUCAUUAUUUACUCAAUGAUAUAAAGCCACUGCACUGCACUGAGAGAUUCAUCACACAAAGGGAUUUGCAGUGUGCUGUAUAUGUAAAAGAAAGCCGGAUUUCUACUUCAGCGUGUCAGACGUUCCCGUGACUCCUGGGAAGGAAGAUGGCUAACGUGGGCACAGUGUCCGAGGCCUCUGAGGCCGGGGACAACAGCGAAUUCACUGACAUCAUCAAAUGGAGAUCAGAUGAACAUGACGCCGUACAGAAAAAAACCUUCACGAAGUGGCUCAAUGCGCAGUUCUCCAAGACGGGGAAAGCACCCAUCCAAGACAUGUUCUCUGACCUGAGAGACGGCAGAAAACUCCUCGAUCUCCUGGAGGGGCUGACUGGAAACACACUGACCAAAGAGCGAGGCUCUACUAGAGUUCACUCCCUCAACAACGUCAACCGCGUGCUGCAGGUCCUUCAUCAGAGCAGCGUGGAUCUGGUGAAUAUCGGCGGGACUGAUAUUGUCGAUGGUAAUCAUAAGCUCACUCUAGGACUCAUCUGGAGCAUCAUACUGCACUGGCAGGUCAAGGACGUCAUGAAGGAUGUGAUGUCCAGUCUUCAGCAGACCAACAGCGAGAAGAUUUUGCUGAGCUGGGUGAGAAACUGCACCCGCAACUAUAACAACGUCAACGUGCUCAACUUCACCACCAGCUGGGCAGACGGCCUGGCCUUCAACGCCAUCCUACACCACUUCAGGCCUCAUGGGUUCAGCUGGGAGGAAGCAGUUCGUCUAACCCCAGUGGAGAGGCUGGACCAUGCUUUCACAUUCGCCAAAGAUCAACUCAACAUUGAGAGACUCCUGGAUCCAGAAGAUGUGGCGGUGCAGUUGCCGGAUAAGAAGUCCAUCAUCAUGUAUGUGACCUCACUCUUUGCUGUGUUUCCCAAUGACAUCACGAUAGAUGACAUCAGAGAGGUGGAGACGCUGCCCAGACGCUAUAAGGUGGAGCACGAGGAUGGACACGCUGGUUUGUCUGGAAAGACGGAGGAGGUGAGCAGCACACGGCCAGAGACGCCAAGCACACUGACGGAGGUGGACAGGGAGGUCAGUCUGGACACGUAUCAGAUCACGCUGGAGGAGGUGCUCACCUGGCUGCUGUCGGCCGAAGACACGCUGCACAUGCAGGACGACGUGUCCGACGACGUGGAGGAGGUCAAAGACCAGUUCCACACACAUGAGGCGUUUAUGAUGGAAUUGACAGCCCACCAGAGCAGCGUGGGUAACGUCUUACAGGCGGGAAACCAGCUGAUCGCUCAAGGCAACCUGAGUGAGGAAGAGGAGGAUGAGAUCCGAGAACAGAUGACACUGCUCAACUCCCGCUGGGAAAACCUGCGGGUCGCCAGCAUGGACCGUCAGUCCAGACUUCAUGAAGUUCUGAUGAACCUUCAGCAACAGCAGCUCCAGCAGCUCUCUGAUUGGCUGACGCAGAUGGAGGGGCGGAUCCGUAAGAUGGAGAAAGAGCCAAUAGCAGGAGACAUGGAGGGAUAUCUUACCCAGAUAGAGGAGCACAAAGUUUUGCAGAAUGAUCUGGAGCUGGAACAGGUUAAGGUGAACUCUCUCACGCACAUGGUUGUGGUCGUGGAUGAGAACAGCGGGGAGAGCGCCACUGCUGCCCUGGAGGAACAACUGCAGUCACUGGGAGAGCGCUGGGCGGCAGUGUGUCGCUGGAUGGAGGAACGCUGGAAUAAACUUGAGGAAUUUCAGCUGGUGUGGCAGCGGUUGCUUGAUGACCAGAGUUUAUUUGGAUCAUGGCUAGCAGAUAAGGAGAAGGCCUUGAGUGAAGUUCAGACGAGUGAUUAUAAAGACCCUAGUGAAAUAAAUGCCAGCGUCCGCAGAUUAGCCAGUCUUAAGGAGGAUAUGGCCCAGAAGCGGAGGGCCCUGAGUGCUCUGUCAGAUGCUGGACAGGAUGUGAUGGUGCUGUUAAACAGUCCAGCUGCAGCUCAGAGGAUCGAAGCAGACACAGACCUACUGACUCAACGUUGGGACAACCUGGUCCAAAAACUAGAGGACUGCUCCAGCCAAGUAACCGAAGCGGUGUCCGUGACUGGGAUGCCGCAGGUACAGGAGAAGAUUUUCAUGGAGACAGUCACAACAGUAACAACAUGGAUGGAGCAAACCUUCACCAGCAGUGACCGAGAGCUACCGCCACCUGCCCCACCAAAAAGACGACAUCUUGAUAUCGACGGCGAGCUCAGGAGACUAGCUGAAGCUGAUGUUCCCAAGCUUUUGUCUCAGCUGGCUGCAUGGAAGUCAUCUGCCCGAGCUGCUGAAGACCCCCCUGUCCUGAAGGAAAAACUACAGACCCUGGGUAUGGAGCUUGCUGAAAACGAGGGGGCAGUGAAAGAGUUGGUGCAGAAAGGAGAGAAGAUGAUUGAACAGCUGGAGAAAGCAGGUCUGUCUUCAGAGGAGGCCCGUUCUGGCCUGGACUCUGUGCAUAAAGAAUGGGAGAGCUGCCAGAACCUGAUCCAGGAUCUGAGGAAUCGAGCUCAAAUUCUAGAGCGAGUGGCAGCGGUUCAAUCAGGACUGAAGGCUGUAAAUGAAUUCCUGCAGGAACAGGAGAAGUGGUUGAUCUCCACAAAAGGGUUUAGAGCCAAGGACAACCAACAGGAACUCCAGGCACUCAAAGAUGGCUGUGAGGCUCGAAUAGCAGAGCUGGAAAAGCUUCAGCCGCAGGUGGAAGAUCUCUGUUCUCAGACGGAGCGUCUGGCCACAGAACCUGGUGCCCCUGAUACCAUGAGGCCCAGUGUGACAGCGCUGGCAUCACGCCACAGCACAACCAUUCAAGAGCUCAAGACGCAGCAGCAGGACAUCACUAUAGUUUUGUCCAGGCUGGUGGUGUCCAGAGCGCUGCAGCAGAUGGAGUCCAGACUGAACACGGCCAGCGCUGAUAUCAGAGACAUCACCACAGCUGAACAGGGAGUCAUUAAAGCUCAGGCUCUUUGUGCUGAGAUAGAGCAGCAGCUGCAGGAGGCAGCAGAGCAGCAGGCCUGGACUGAGCUCUCCACCGCCGCCCAGGAUCAGCUCAGCAUGCUGCAGUGCAUUCUGGGUAGCAUGGAGGACACAAAGGUGAAGAGUGAGGAGGUGGAGCGCUGGCUGGAUGCGGUUGAGGAGCUGCUGUCUCGAGACGCCAGCGGCUUCAGUCACGGCGACAAACUACAAGAAGAACUCAACCAGUGCAAGGAGCUGCUGAGUGAGAUGGAGAGCGUGGCCUCGUCUCUGAAGCAGAUAAAGGAGAACGUGGCAGCCGUGCAGCAGAGCUCAGGACCGGGUCUGAUCAGCUGGGGGCAGACGGAGCUGGACGACAGUCAGAGACGCUGGGACACGCUCAGUAAAGAGUUGUUGAGGCGUGAGGAGCGUGUGAGUGAAGGUCAGGAGAAAGUGAUGAAUCUGAAGAAAGAUGUGGCGGAGAUGCGCGAGUGGAUGAUUCAAGUGGACGAGGAGUUUCUCAUGAGAGACUUUGAGUACAAGAGCCCAGAGGAGCUGGAAGAGGCGCUGCAGGAUAUGAAGAGGGCUAAAGAGGAUGUGUUACAGAAGGAAGUGCGUGUAAAGAUUUUGAAGGACAGCAUUAAUGUGCUGAUUGGAAAGACGCCCCCUGGUGGUCCUGACCUGAGCCCUGAGCUCACUGAAGUGCUGCAGAACUACCAGAAACUCUGUGAUCGCUUCAAGAGCAAGUGCCACACACUUGAGGAGGUGUGGUCCUGUUGGAUCGAGCUGCUGCAGUAUCUGGAUGCGGAGUCUGGCUGGAUGAACACACUGGAGGAGAAAGUUCAAGCCACUGAAAACCUCCCAGAAAACACAGAGUCUAUCAGCGAGGCUCUGGAGUCUCUGGAGUCGGAUCUGCGUCAUCCGGGUGAUAACAGGACUCAGAUCCGAGAGCUGGCCCAGACUCUCAUAGACGGAGGCAUUCUGGAUGAACUCAUCAGCGAGAAACUGGAGAGCUUCAACUCGCGCUACGAAGAACUGACUCAGCUGGCUGCUGCACGUCAGAUGUCUCUGGAGCAGAAGUUGGGGACUCUGAGAGAGAACGAGACGGCGUUACACACACUACAGACGUCCCUCACACAGCUGGACCAAACGCUCACCUUGUACCUCACCGACCGCAUCGACGCCUUCCAGCUGCCUCAGGAAGCUCAGGUCAUUCAGGCCGAGAUCGCGGCCCAUGAGGCCACACUGGAGGAUCUGAGGAGGAGGAAUGUAGGUAACGUGCCUCCGACUGUCCCAGAGGGCAAACCAGUGCGAGGAGGGACCCUACUGGACCAGUUACAGAAUCACCGGCGUGAGGUGGAGAUGUUUGAUGAGAAUUUGGCUCAUAUCAGCACAUGGCUCUAUCAGACGGAAAUACGACUGGAUGAGAUGGAGAAGAUGCCUGCAGCCGAGAAAGAGAGAAUGAUGAAGGCUGUGCUGUGUGAGUUGGAGGGUAUGAGUGUGCGUGUGGACAGCGCUCGUGAUCAGGCAGUAAUCUUGAUGACCAGCAGGGGGACUGUGUGCAGAGAGCUGGUGGAGCCCAAACUGGCCGACCUCAACUGCAGCUUCCACAAGGUGGCGCAGCACAUCAUCUCUGCUCAGGUGUCUGCUGGUCUGGAGGUCAGACAGGAGGCAGUGCGGCCGCAGCAGGAGGCGGCAGACGGGAGGUCUGCUCCUCUUCUCUCCUCUUCACAGCUGCAGCUGUUCGAAUCAGACCUACAAGCUACUAUCAGAGGCCUGGAGCAGCAGGAGAAAACACACACGCCUGAUGAUGAGAGGUUGGAUGAGGAGAAAGCUCAUGUUGAGGAGGUGCUGAGGAGAGGAGAGGAGGUGCUGCUGUCUGUUCCUGACGAGGACAGAAGAGAAGACAUCCGCAGGAGACUCCUGCUGCUCCAGACAUGCUACAAGGAGCUUCAUAUCAUCAGAACUCAGCCAGUUGUGCUCGAAUCAUUGUCUGUUCCUCUGCAGAGCUCAGAGUCAUCCCUCUCUCCCCAGGAUGAGAGGAGCGUAUCUGUCUCCCCGUCUGACUAUCUGCUGGACAUUAAUAAGGUUCUGCUGGCCAUGACCGACAACGAGCUGCUCCUAAACACCUCAGAGCUCAGCGGAGGACUGUUUGAGGAUUUCUCCAGCCAGGAGGACACGCUCAGGAAUAUAAAGGAGAGUUUGGAGCGGUUGGGUGAGCAGGUUGAAGUGAUUAAUGAGCGCCAGCCUGAUGUGAUUCUGGAAGCUUCCAGACAGGAGAUGGCACAGAUAUCUGAUGCCCUGACACAGCUGAACUCAGAGUGGGACAGAGUCAACCGCAUGUACAGCCAGAGGAAAGGGUGUUUCGAUGGAGCUGUGGAGGAGUGGAGGCAGUUUCACUGCGAUAUGAAUGAUCUCUCGCAGUGGCUGAGUGACACUGAACAGGUCUUGGCUGACGGGAUCGGACCAGACGGAGAACUAGACCUGGACCGCGCUCGUGCACAGCAACAGGAUCUGGAGGAGGGUCUGGCCUCUCAUCAGUCUGUGCUGGCGGUUCUGAGCCGGUCUGGAGAGCACAUCAUCGGUCAGGUGUCGUCGCCUGACGCCGCUCUGCUGCAGGAGAAGCUGGACGCUCUGAGACGCCGCUGGACGCACGUCGAGAGAGAAGCGUGUGAGCGCCAGCGCAGGUUGAUGGGUGAGAAUCCGGCUGUGAUGGAUGUUGUUCAGAGGACUGCUGGUCUGGCUCAGUGGCUGGAGCACACAGAGGUUGCCGUGGAGACGCUGCCUGUUUCAGCCACCGACAAGAGCCUCAGAGAGCUCAAGGCCUUGACGGAGGAGAUGGAUGGUCAGAAUGAGACGCUGUCAUGGCUAAAUAAAACCGGCUCUCAGAUCUUGUCAAACUCCAGCCUGAGUCCUCAGGACAGAGACACUCAUAUGAAUCAAAUCAGGCAGAUAAACAUCAGCUGGAGUAAAGCGAGUCGUGAGCUGCUGGAUAAGCUGCGUGAGGUGGAGGGUCGUCUGCAGACACACACACCGCUGCAGGACGAGAGGAGGCUGGCAUCGUACGGUCAGUUCCAGGAGCGCAUGGACAGACUGGGAGACUGGGUUUACAUCAGCAGCCAGUCUCUGAGCGACGUCACACCCGCGGAGAGACAGGUUCUGGAAAUGUCCAUGCGAGAGCAGAAGCAGGAGCUGGAGGAGCUGUUGUCCUUCUCUAUUGAGCUCCAGAGGAAACAGCUGCUUUUACCACAGGAGAAGAGUAAAAUCGAACAGCUGGCUGCAGAUUGGAAAGCUCUAGACGCCAGACUGAAGGAGACGCCACAGCAGCCUCUUUCUCCAUGGACACAACAAGUCUCUCAGCAGCAGUUCACAGGGAGCGUGCCGUCUGCGGUGCACAUGGUCAGUCUGAUGAGCGAGGAGCGACGUCCCAGUCCAGAGCUGGUGGGCCCCAGCGACCUGCACCAGACGGCCACAGAGCUGGCGGACUGGCUGCUCCUCAUCCACCAGAUGCUCAAAUCCAACAUCGUCACAGUGGGAGACAAAGAGGAGAUCCACACCACCAUCGGCCGCCUGCAGGUGACUAAAGGUGAUCUAGAGCAGAGACAUCCACAGCUGGAAGACAUCAUCACUCUGGCGCAAAACAUCAAGAACAAAACCUCCAACCUCGACGUGCGCACCUCCAUCUCUGAGAAACUGGAGAAGGUCCGCAGCCAAUGGGACGGCACACAGCACGGCGUGGAGGCGCGGCUUCUGCAGCUGGAAUGCAUGAUUGGCCACAGCGACCAAUGGGAGGAGCAGAGGCACAAGUUGAAGGCUCUGAUUGGUCAAAACGAGAUGCGUCUGCACAACCUGCUGCAGCUGAACCGAGAGCCGCUCACCAAACAGAUCAGUGACAACAAGGCGUUCCUGCAGGAGCUCAGUCGAGGACAGGAGAGCGUGACGUCUUUUAAUGAACUGUCCAAUCAGCUUCUGCAGGAAUAUGCCGCUGACGACACGCGCAAGGUCACAGAGGUCAUGGACAAACUCAACACGGCGUGGAACAGUGUCAAUAACAGGGCUUUGGACCGUCAGGCUGCGUUGGAUUCAGAGCUGAAGUCUCUCCAAGCGUGUCUCCGUGAGCUCGAGUCCUUCCUCAAGUGGCUCCAUGAGGCGGAGACUACAGUCAACGUGUUAUCUGACGCCGCCCAGAGGGAGGAGCUCUUGCAGGACUCCGCCCACAUCAAAGAGCUGGAGGGGCAGCUUGGGGACAUCCAGGCGGAGAUCGAGGCUCAUAAUGAUGUCUUCAGGAGUGUGGAUGGGAAUAAGAUGAAGAUGGUGAAGGCUCUGGGGAGCUCAGAGGAAGCAGUUUUCCUCCAACAGAGACUGGAUGAUAUGAACCAGCGCUGGAACGACCUGAAGACCAAAUCAGCCAAUAUACGGGCUCAUCUGGAGGCCAGUGCUGAGCGCUGGAACCGGCUUCUGUCAGUCCUGGAGGAGCUGGGCCGCUGGAUCAGUGUGAAGGAUGAGGAGCUGAACAAACAGAUGCCCAUCGGAGGAGACGUGCCCACAGUGCUGCAGCAGCAGACCCACUGCACGGCUCUGAGGGCGGAGCUUAAGGAGCGUGAGCAUUUAGUUCUCAGCACAUUGGAUCAGGCACAUAUGUUUCUGGCCGACCAGCCGAUCGAAGGACCCGAAGAGCCACGCAGGAACCUGCAACCCAAAACCGAGCUGACCCCGGAGGAGAAGGCCCAGCGGGUGGCUAAGGCGAUUCGUAAGCAGACUGCAGAGGUGGGCGAGCGCUGGGAGAGGCUGAUGGGACACGCGGGAACCUGGCAAGAGCAGGUGGACAGAGCACUGGAUAAACUCCAGGAUCUCCAGAGCUCCAUGGACCAGCUGGACCUGCGUCUAGCCCAGGCCGAGGAGCUCAAAGCAGGGUGGCAACCGGUGGGAGACCUUCUCAUAGAUUCCCUACAGGAUCACAUCGAGAAAACAACGGUGUUCUGUGAUGAGAUCGCGCCUCUGAAACAGGAUGUCCGAGCUGUGAAUGAUCUGGCAGGUCAGCUGACCCCACUGGAUGUCCAGCUGUCCUCCACCGCCAACCGCCAGUUAGACAACCUCAACAUGCGCUGGAAACUACUGCAGGCGGCUGUAGAGGACAGGUUGAAGCUCUUACAGGAAGCACACAGGGAUUUUGGACCCUCCUCUCAACACUUCUUAUCCACUUCGGUGCAGGUGCCCUGGCAGAGAGCAGUGUCCCAGAAUAAAGUGCCCUACUACAUCAAUCAUCAGAGUCAGACGACGUGCUGGGACCAUCCCAAGAUGACCGAGCUCUAUCACUCUCUCUCUGACCUCAACAACGUGCGCUUCUCGGCAUACAGGACGGCUAUGAAGAUCCGCCGGCUACAGAAAGCCCUCUGCUUGGAUCUGCUGGAUCUGAGUGUGGCUCAGUCCAUGUUCCAGCAGCACAAGUUGACGGUGAACUCCCAGCAGCUGACGGUUCCUGAGAUCAUCAACUGCUUGACGUCUGUGUAUGAUGGACUGGAGCAGGAGCACAAAGACCUGGUCAACGUCCCGCUGUGUGUGGACAUGUGUCUCAACUGGCUGCUCAACGUCUAUGACACGGGUCGCAGUGGGAAAAUCCGAGUUCUGUCCUUGAAGAUUGGGCUGCUCUCUCUUUGUAAGGGUCACCUGGAGGAGAAAUACAAAUGUCUGUUUAAUCAGGUGUCAUCGGCGGGCGAUACGUGUGAUCAGAGGCAGUUGGGUCUUCUGCUGCAUGAUGCCAUUCAGAUCCCUCGACAGCUGGGCGAGGUGGCAGCCUUCGGCGGGAGCAACAUCGAGCCCAGCGUCCGCAGCUGCUUCCAGCAUGUGUCCAAUAAGGUGGAGCUGGAGCCGAGGCAGUUUAUUGAUUGGAUGAGGCUGGAGCCACAGUCGAUGGUUUGGCUUCCGGUCCUGCACAGAGUGGCGGCAGCAGAAACGGCCAAACACCAAGCCAAGUGCAAUAUCUGUAAAGAGUUCCCCAUCGUGGGCUUCAGAUACCGCAGUUUGAAGCACUUCAACUAUGAUGUUUGCCAGAGUUGUUUCUUCUCUGGUCGCACAGCGAAGGGUCAUAAACUGAACUACCCCAUGGUGGAGUACUGCACACCGACCACCUCAGGAGAAGACAUGCGAGAUUUCACCAAAGUCUUAAAAAACAAGUUCCGCUCAAAGAAGUAUUUCGCCAAGCACCCUCGCCUGGGAUACCUGCCCGUCCAGACGGUCCUCGAAGGAGACAACAUAGAAACUCCGGUCACUCUCAUCAGCAUGUGUCCGGAGCAGUACGAGCUUUCUCCAUCACCACAACUCUCUCAUGACGACACACACUCACGGAUAGGGCAAUACGCCAGCAGGUUGGCACAGAUGGAGCGCUCCAAUGGCUCUCUGCCCACCGACAGCAGCUCGGCCACCGGAAGCAUGGACGAGGAACAUGCUUUAAUUCUGCAGUACUGUCAGACUUUGGGAGGGGAGGGCUCAUCCUUCAGCCAGCCCCAAACCCCCGCCCACGUCAGCAGGAGCCUCGCCCAUAACACUCACAGCCCCUCCUACCUGAUCCAGAGCCCCGCCCAGAUCCUGCAGGCUGUGGAGAGGGAGGAGCGAGGAGAGCUGGAGCGAAUCAUAGGGCGACUGGAGGAGGAGCAGCGGACCCUGCAGAGGGAGUAUGAACAGUUGCACCAGCAGCACGGUCAGCCCAGCAUGGGGGCCGCAGCUGUUAGCGGGGCCCCUGAGGAAGCUGACCUGUUAGCUGAAGCUAAACUCCUGCGACAGCACAAGGGACGGCUGGAGGCCCGCAUGCAGAUACUGGAGGACCAUAACAAACAGCUGGAAUCACAGCUCUACCGACUACGCCAGCUGCUGCAUCAGCCUGAGUUAAAUGGCUCGUCCUCUUCUGGCUCUCUCCAUCAGGAUACAGCAGGACAGGCCGAGCUCACAGAUGAGUUUCUCCAUCAGUGUGCUAACAGUAACUCUGAUCUGGCUGAGGUUGUGGAACAGAUUAACCACAGUUUUCUUGCAUGCUCUCCGUCAAGUGUGUCCUCAAGGCCCAAGGUGAUGUGAAGGUUUUCAGCAGAACAUCCCUUUGGAGAGAAGAAAUCUCGCAGACGUGAAGAGCAGUGUCUAACUCGACAUGACAAGAAGAUUCCCAUUCCAGAUUUGCAGAUUCCCGGCUGUUCCCUCGACAGAGGUGUUUGUCCUCGAACCCAAAGACUCUGGAACAGGACCACACAGUUCAUUCAAUGACUAUUACUACUGCGUCUGUCUGUACUAUGCAACUGUACAUUUGAUCAACACGUGAGGUGUAUCUGCCCAUUGUUUUAAUACUCGGAUGAUUAUUUAGGGUUAUGGGGGCCAUUUAUCGUGUAACCUGUAUGCUUUUAUUUCUAUGUUCACCAAGGAACCACACUGCUACCACACGCAGCUCACAUCAGUUGCUGUUCAAAUCGGCACGUUGUCUUUCUACAGACGUAGCUAUUAGUUUAGUCGGAAAACGUCGUAAACAUCAGUGGAUAUGAAGACAAAUCGGUCUUGUAAUGUUAAACUGUUAACGCAUGUUGCCCCCGGCAUUGUUCUGUUCAAGUUUUCGCCUGUUUUGACAGUGUUUGCCGUGAACUCUCCCUUUAAAGCAUUGUUUCGACAGUUUGUGCCGCUGGCAGCAGCGCAUCCGAACCCUCACUGCAUUUCUAGAGCGCACGCACAGAUGAUGUACUACACAAUAUUCGAAUGCGUCAAAAACACCCUUUUGUGCCUAUAAAGCAUCCAUUCCAGGAGAGAUGAGUGGCUGAGAGAUGCUGUAUUUCUCAAAGUCAUGUAGAGAGAUUAUAUUAUAAAAAGACAAAUAUAGGAAAUGUGGAUUUUUAGGACGUUUGGCCCAAGAUGAUUUAUCUUUGUGUAGUAUAGUUUUCUAAAUAAAUUACAAAAAAUAAAUAAAAUUAGAGAAAGCCAUGAUUGCCUUGCUACCUCAGACAUGAUCAAUCAUUCAUUGGUUUGUGCAUUGGUUUGACUGUCGAUUGAUUUCACGCUCCGUUUCCAAAAACAAAGGAAAUCACCCCAAUGGUCUUUCCAUAAAGUUGCACUUGCUACGCGAGUAACUACAUUGUGCUUUUCCCUUGAUUUCUCAGCAGUCCUUUGAUUUUUCUACAUGGUGUAUUUGUGUUGUGCUACCUUCAGUGAAGUGUUAGAUUUUAACAUUACUGUAACACCUGCGAAACAUUGUUCUGAAGUUGAUUCUAGUGAAGUCAUCGUCACCGACGCUGUGCUGUUCUGACCCGAGAUAGAUCGAGAAGACCCAACACACUACAUGUAAUGAGGUUCCAUAUGUUUUAUUCAAAAUAAAGUUUUUAUAAUGAGUGUA